CUUUAGUGGUGAUCAGUGCUUUGAUCUGAACACUAGUCGUCAAAAGCGUUAAGAAGCAGCGUCUCACUUGGUUUAUCAUGCUUCUCGCUCGCCCCCAUCGAACAAUUCCUACUCGCCUGCUUUCCAACAACCUCACUCACUCCUACUCAAAGAAUUUCUAGUUUCAACCAAACUACAAAAACCAAAUCGGAUGAAAACCCCUGUUUUGGAAACGCGGAAGUGCGUACAAAGAAACCAUUCCCAUUUUUGCAUGGAAGGUUCUCAGUUUCCGGAACUUGUAUUGGCUGGAGUCGAGAGUAUUUGUGGAAACAAAGUGUAGGCGUGAUCACCGUGGCGGUUACAGGAUAGUCGGAUCAAUUCCUUUCCGAUAAGCAGCUUACACGUGGAGGCUUGUGCAAUCUGCAAGAUAAUCGUGUCCAGAAAAGUUAUUAUUAUUAUCCUCACAGAGAGGUUGACGUUGACAUAGUCCAUCCAUCCAUCCACAUUGAUUUCCUAUUCCCUCCGUGGCUGGAUAUCGAUCAAUACGACGCUGUUGCCGCCGGUACAAAAGCCGGAGAGAGGGUGAGCCAGCCGUUGAGUUGGGAAGCGUCCGACCAUUUCCAAGCGACAAUUGCCACAACAAGCUUUUUGAGCGUUCGUUGAGUUGAGAAUUUUCUCAUCAGCCUGAUAUCCAAUAACAACGAUUGACUCUGUUUCGCGUGCCCGUCAACAUUGACACAUUUUAUCGUUCAGUAAAAGUAGUAUGGAUUUUCCAUAAAAACCCGAACCAUUGACCAUCGAAAAACUUAUCUGAAAUUAAUGGAACCCCGUCCAACAAGACAUUGGUCAAACAGACGAAACAACUGUCCCACCCCGACCUCAGCAUCAAUACGUGUUGAAUAAAAGUGGUGUAAAAACUAUUUUUUCCCCUCUCUUGUCUCUUGCUUAAUAGUUGUAACGGUUUGAAGUUAUUCGCGUCAAAGUGGUGACUGACUGAGUCACCAGAGCAAAAAAUGUGUGCGAGUUGUUUUUUACGCUGAAAAAUGUGACCAAUUUCCACUCUUGUGAGCAGAGAAGAGGACAAAGAGGAAGGCGAUAGUUUUUUGUUUACUUAUUUUCGUGAAAAUGAGCUGCGACUCGUCCAUCGCGGACUUGACGAUGAUGGAGGAUGAGGACUGCAGGGAGCAGAUUCUCACCCACAUCAAGGAGCUUCACGAGGCGGUGGUGGAAAUGAAGAGUGCCUUCACCACGGCGCAACUCCAACUCCAGAGCGUGUCAGGUGACGAGGAGGCCCUGUCCCGGGUCAAGACGGACUUGGAGACUGCCCGGGCAACCUGCGAACGCCAAGGGGGUGACAUCCUCCAGCUGGUGCUGGCCUUGAAGGGGGAGGUCGCCUGCAUCAAAGAGUCCUUCCAGUCGUCCCAGUUCCUACAACAUGGACUCCAGUCCUCCGUUCACACGCUCCUCCUCGAGAGGGACCUUCUCCUCGACGAGCUGGCCAAAAAUGGGGCCAUCUCAGAAAAUCUCAGGGUACGACUUCACAGCCGACUGAACGGAUGUGCCUUUCCACGCCCUUCCUCCGGCUCCCACUCCCACCAGUCCUCCAACGACAACGACUCGGGGGUGGCCCUUCUGCUGGAAAAGGCACAUGUAACCAACCCUUUCCAACCCCUGCUUCAAGGGCCCGACUCUCAAGAUGCUGGUGGUUCUCGAACCCACGAACCCUCCGACCUCGCCUCCUUCGCCAACCACUCGGCCAACGCCAAUGUACAAGAAUACCUCAACACGUUGCAGCAGGAGGGCAGUGGUGGCAACGGUCACCUUGGCAGUCGGGGAAACUCCAACCCAGAAAUGGUUCCUGAAGAUUUGGCAAUCAACGGAGUCGUCUACGAUUCGGACUGUUCUCUAACCCUUGCAGCCACCAAAAGCUUGUCCCUCAGCAAUUCGCUCAGCAAACAAUGUGGCCUCGAGCUGGAUCAAGACGACCAAGCGGUGCCGGAGGGAGAAAAAGGGAGCUCGCUUUGCAAGGGACGCGGAGGAGGAAGCCUUGCUGGUGGCAUUUCCGAGCCAGACGGAGGGCAGACCUUCAAGGAGGGACAGAGAUUGAAAGUGGCCAAAGAGUUGCUGGAAACGGAGAGAAAGUAUUGUCACACGCUCCGAACGAUUCAGGAGACGUUUGCCCAACCCCUAAAAAAUUCCGGCGUUCUUUCCCUCAAGGACAUCAACACGCUGUUCCCCGAAGAAGUAUUUUGCCUGCAUGAGAAGCAUUGUCAGCUUCUCUCACAAUUGGAGGAGCGAAUCGCGUCCUGGAAAAGCCAACCCAGAAUUGGGGACAUUCUGGAACGAUUCACCAAUGGGAAAGGUUCCAACGUCCUCCGGCUGUACACCAAUUACGUCAACGACUUUCCCGAAGUUUUAAAAACGUUUCACAAGCUGUGUCGCAGCUCGAGAGAAUUUACACACUUUCUAAAAUCCUCCUUGGAGCACCCGACUUGUGGUGGGUUGGACCUGGGAGCAUUUCUCCUCAGUCCCGUACAAAGGAUGCCUCGGUACAUUUUGCUCCUGAAGCAAAUCAUCAAGUACACGGAACCCACUCACCCCGACUUCCACGACAUCACCACGUGUCUCGACCGGCUGCGAGACUAUUUAAAAAGAUUGAACGACUCGAUGGAGCAUUCCUUCCAACUAGUCACUGCCCAAAUCACACCGCAACCCGGCGACCACCACAAUGACCACAAUGAGGCUGAGAAGGACAAGAAAAUUGGCUUUACCAAUGCCCUCGGCCUCGGAUUCGGGUUUGGUUCCAGAUCUGGGAAGACUAAUAAUGCUCGAUCCAGCGUGUGCAGUAGUCAAAGUAGUCACAGCACAACGGGUGACGUGGACGACGAAAGCAAUAAUCGCGGUCACAAGGUGCGGUACCGAAGGUCGACGUCCGUUCCGAGAAGCCAACACCACCACCACAACCACCACGCGUCCUAUGACCACUCGCCCACGCCGUCCAAGGAAGUCCUCAGCGGGGGCGGGGAGAAGGGGAGCAGUAACAAGUUGAAGAGCAGGUCGAAAAGUGACUGGACGGUGUGCAAGGCGUGCAACUGCAACAACCAGGUCCAGCCCCAUGAAGAGAACAAGUCCACCUGUCUGGAUAGAGCUCUGAGUGACUCUGACAUCAACUCGGACACGGAAGAGUCGCCCUUCCUUCGUUCCCCAAGCCAAGAGGACAAAAAUGGAAGAAAGUUCUCCACGUCCAAAAGUCUACACGACUUCCCAAACCAACAUCCCGACUGGUUUUUGAGCCAGCCCAGCUUGUGCGAUGGCCAGGAUGACGAGGCCGACGUAGAAUUUCCAAACAACAAGUCUUCCGUAGGAAGUAGUCAUACAGUUGUUCGCAACAACGUGAUGAUCCGACCCUUGUCAUCCGCACAAGGGGGGAGUCGCUACGUGGCUCGAAUUCAACGUGGUUCAUCCGAGUCUGAAAUGAAUUUGCACAUGAUUGGUGGGACGACCACGCCACCAAGUUUGGAACAGCACAAGAAGAAAACGUCACUGAGGACGUCCCUCAAAAAUAUUUUUUCCUUAAAGAAAAGAACAACUCGUACCCUGCAAAUUAGUGGACCAAUCCUGCCUUCUCGACCCGCAUUCCCACCUCCCGUGGCCACGCUGAGGUACAACAACGGGCGAGAAUGUUACCAGAGCCUGCCCCCAGAACCCACUCAUCUUGCCCCCCAUUUGGGAGGAGUGGGGGUUCCAGGAGGAGGAAGGUCCUCCCGAGCCUCACGACUUUCGGAGAGUCCUUCCAACCAACUCGCGCCCGGACCCGCGUCUCUGCCACCACCUCAGCCACUGCCCCCACAUCAACAACAACAUCAACAACACGUCGCCCGAUAUGCGCGCAAUCCUGGAAACAAGUUUGGAAAUCCUAAACUUCCAAAAACCCCCUUCAUGGCAAAGUACCACCAAUCGCAGGAACGGCGCAACAACAAUAACAGUCCAUACACGGAUGUUUAAUUUUACGAAAAUUAAGAAAUUAUAUUGAAUGCUUGAUAUCGAAAUAAAGAUACUUUUUGUAUGAACACUUUCCA